CGGGCCAGGGGCUGAGUAUGCCUGUUGCUGGGAUGCUGAUGGAUAGGGUUACACGGCUGCUGGGGCCGGCUCAAGGAGUGGGUCACUGUUGCUGAACCUCUUCUUAUCUGAAAUGCACCGUCCAGAGCGAGAAGUACCUGAGUGAAGAAUUACGCGUUUGGAGAAGCAUUUUUGUAUCUGCUUAUCUAUGCAGUUACUUUGCAGCAACUACAGUUUUCUAUAUGCAAUUAGUCACAGAAUUUGGAACUUCCAGAGUCUGUGAACGUUUUGCAGAAAUCUUGCUUAAUUUUGUCUAAUGCUUUUUUUCUUUUCCUUUUCGUUACACAUUGACUGCAAGCCUGUGCUGAAAUCUUUCCAGACCGAGGUGGCUUCAUGCAGCUCAUCACUGCUGAGCACCAGAUUUUAGCAGAAGAAGAAGCUGUUUCAUGUUAAAGCAUUGCAUUUAUCGGCCAAUUACAGUACAAAGUAGUAGGAGAAUAAUGGUAAAUUUGUGAGGAAAAUAGAACAGCAAAAUGGAAGCAUCUGUGGGAUCUUUUUUCAGGAGACUUCAAGAGCCUGAAAAGCAAAAUUAUUAAAGCUGCAUUGAAAAAGAAACAUCACUUAAUGUGAAUGCCAAGCCUUUUCGACCUGAUGGAGCAUCAUCUUGCAUCCACUCUUUCUGAAAUACCUCCAAUAGUUCCAUUUAUCAAGGGAGAGGUCAUGCAGCCUAUGGAGAGUUAUCUUCUGGAACCCAAUGCCAUGGCACAAUGUUCUACUAAUUAUUCAAAGAUUAUGACUCAUCCCAAGAUGUACACCACCUGGCCUGAUUAUUCCCAGCCCUGGGCACAAAUGAUAUUCAUUCAAGUUAACCCUGGAGAGAUCCUCACCAUAAAGGCUGAUGAUGGGUCCAUUCAGAACAUUCAAGGACCUGCAGAAGUACCUUUGGUAGCACCCACGGGUAAUUUGCCUCCAAUAUACCUUCCUCCAGGCUAUAUAUCUCAGGUGGUGGAAGAAAAUGGGAUUCAGAAACUUAUUGUUGUGCCUCACACAACUGACUAUCACAUGCCGAUGACUGUACCUAUGCAACAACCAUUAACCUUCCUACCACCAGCCUCAUUUAUGUAUCCACCCGCCCCUCAGCUUAUGUAUCCCCCAGCUCAAGGGGAAUUUCCAAUGCCUUAUGUCCAAGAACCUAUUCAGCAGCUGGCACCACUUCCACAACUAGUACCACCACCAGCGCUGCCCCCACCAACAGCACCAUUUAUAUAUCAAGAACAUCGUGAAAUCUAUUCUCACGGAAGAAUAUAUCAUAACCAGUUUGAUGAAAAGGCUGCUAACAUAGAAUAUUCUAAGAAGAAAAUGAGAGAUUUUCAAGUUGGCGAACUUAAGAAUAGCUCUGCGUUCACUGACACCACUUUGCUUAUGAACAAAGUCAGUGAUAUUUCUAGUACUUCCGGUAUUCUAAGUGCAUACACUGUGGACAAUACUCUAAGCACUCACACUGAUAACAAUAUUUUAAGCACCUACCCUCUGAAUACUACUUUAAGCACUUCUACUGCUGACAGUACUCCAAGUACAUACAUUGUUGACAGUCUUCCAGACAUUAACAUUACUGACGAAAUCACCAGCAGUUUUUCCCCUGACCACACCACCAGCACUUCUACCUCUGACACUACUAUUUGCUCUGACACCAUUAAUAGCACUCUGGACCCUUCCAGUUUUAGUUUCACUCCAAAGACCUCUGAAGAAACUCCUAGAUCAUCAAAUACUGAUAGUACGCCAGGCUCUAUUUCUGAGGGUGCUCCCAACACUUCCGUCUCUGAAAAGGAUUCAGUCGAUAAUGCUCUUAGUCUUUCCAGUGCUGACAGCAUGUCCAAUGCUGCCAUAGCUCAGACUGAAAACAAUCAGGAAAUGGAGAAUGAUAUGGGAAGUGCAGACAAUAAGCAGAUCCUAGGAAAAGAGAAGAGCCCGGCAUCAAAUGCAGCACUGAAAGAAUACAAACUAGAACAGAGAACACAGUCAUGCUGUUCCUACAUUGAAAAUCCUGUGGUUUCUCAUAUUCAAUCAAGAUCCGCUUUUAUUUCAUGGAAACCAAACACUAAUGAAAAAUGUGAUCAUAUGAAGUAUCCUAUGACAUUUGAAUUGGCACUGUCUGACAGUGGUAAAAAUGGAAACUUUAAGAACAUUUAUGUUGUUGAUGGAGAUACAGUGGCCGUACAAGAUCUACAACCAUCUACAGCCUACUUUUUAAGAGUUACUGCAGAAAGUGGCUCAGAACACAGAAUUGUGUCUGAAGUCAUUACCUUUACAACAUCAGGAUGUGAACCAGAUGCUCCACUUGCACCCAAACUGAUUAACCGAACCAAGAACAGCCUGAAUUUACAGUGGAAAGCUUCCAAUAAUAAUGGUUCUAAAAUAAGCAGCUUUCUUUUGGAAUGGGAUGAGGGUAAAGGCGAAGACUUUAAAAGUUGUUAUACUGGUACCAUGAGGCAAUACGAGAUCUUUAAACUAAAUGCUUCUACAAAAUAUUCAUUCAGAUUAGCUGCCAAAAAUAACUUCGGCUUAAGUAAUUACAGUGAAAUAGCAGUCUUCUAUACAUCAGGAAAUAUGCCUCCAGCACCUUUGCCACCUAAGUUAAAAGAAGCAGGAAUUUUUAGUUUGUCACUAGAAUGGUGUGCCCCAACAAACUCAAACCCAAAUGACACUCUCACUUAUGUACUAGAAAUGGAUGAAGCAAAAUCAGGAUUAGGUUUUAAACCUAAAUACAAUGGAGAAGACCUCUCCUGCACCAUUAGAAAUCUUCAGAGAAAUACUGCAUACAAGUUCAGGAUGUUUGCCUAUAAUCUGGAAGGACGAAGCAACCCCAGUGGAGAAGUAAAAUACAGUACUUGUCCAGAUAAGCCUGGGUGCCCUCAGAAACCAUAUGUAAUGGGAACAAUUCAUGCCCACAAAGUAAAAAUUGGGUGGGAAUCACCCAAAGAUAAUGGUGGAGCUCAGAUUUCAAGUUACAGUUUAGAAGUCAAUGAAAAUUCAAAUGUGGAUCUUUGGAACACAAUCUACAGUGGCAGUGUACAGGAAUUUUUAUAUGAUCACCUACAACCUGGCACUACAUAUAAAUUAAGAGUCUUUUGCACUUCACCUGUAGGCCAAAGCCAGCCUUCAGAUAUAUUGACAAUUCAGACACCUACUCUUCCUUCCCAGUCUUAUCGCUCUCCACCAUUAAGUGACCAAACAAAGUCUGAUGAAACCACCGUUCACCUUGACGAUCCUCCUGCUAAUAGGAACUUGGAAACACCUGUGCAUGUCAAAAAGACAAAAGGUCACCGGAAUGACAAAAAAGAAUGCCCUGCCUGUGAAAAGAAAUGUACACCUGGAUCUCAUUCUGGAACUGUACCAGUCCGGCACCCUCCUUCUCAGUGUGGGACACCUGUACUAACCUGCAAGGGUCCAGCCUGUGUUAUUGUCAGUUGGGAAAUACCUAAAUGCAAUGGUGCUGAAAUCACUGAUUACAGACUACAAUGGGGACAAGUUGAAGAUUCGAUGCACUUGAUUUAUACUGGCCCGUGUUUGCGCUAUGAAGUUAAAAAUCUUCUUCCUGCAACUACGUACUUUUGCAGAGUUCAGGCUAUAAAUAUAGUUGGGGUUGGAAUGUUUGGAGGAACUGGCAAAAUAACUACACCAGGAACUGUACCCUCAAUAGUACAAACGUUACAAGAAGUUGAAAACAAAGUUCCCGCCAAAAUGUCAUCGACUUGCAUUGCUCUUCAGUGGGAGGAGCCAGACUGCCAUGGCUCUCCAAUCACCGGAUAUAACAUUGAAUAUGGAGAUAAAAAAAUCUUGACUGUUGAUCGAGUAACAGAGUGUGUUUUGAAAAAUCUACAGCCUAAUACUACAUAUAAAAUCAGAAUUCAAGCUAUCAAUCAUCACGGACUAAGCCCUUUUAGCCAAUCAAUAAGAACCAAAACCAAGCCACUACCACCUGAUCCUCCAAAUCUUGAAUGUGUAGUCUAUGGCCAUCAAAGCCUCAGAAUGAGAUGGGGUAACUCCUCAAGCAAAAGAACACUGGCCAACUACAUAAGCUACAACUUGUUAAUGGAAGAUCGAUCUGGAAGAUUUUCUAUCAUUUACCAUGGACCUUCACAAACUCACAAAGUCCAAAAAUUGAUUGAAUGUUCAUCAUACAGGUUUAAAAUCCAGGCAUGCAAUGAAGCUGGUGAGGGACCACUGUCUGAUAUCUAUACUUUCAGUACAGUAAAAACCCCACCAGUUGCAAUGAAAGCACCUAAGCUGCAUCCAAUGAAUAAUAAUAGUUGUGAGAUCAAGUGGAAUUCCUUGGAACCAAUUAAAGGAGAUCCCAUUAUUUACUGUCUUCAAGUCACAACUGGGAAAAAAUCUCAGCAGAUAUACAAAGGACCGAACACUACAUUUUCCUUUUCCAACUACCUUACAAACUCGCGAUACUAUUUCAAGGUCUGUGCUGGACGCCAAUAUGAAAAUGCUAAUGGUAUACAAGAGCUCUGGGGAGCCUAUAGCCCCAGCACACUUUUCUCAACUUGUAAACAGUCAGGGCAUGGUAAAGGCAGUGGAGGUAAAGGAAAAGGAAACUCUAACAAUGACAAACAUGAAAAGAGUAAGACAGAGAUAAAUGAUGACACUUUUGUUCUAACCCUUCUGGUGGGAUUUGCACUUAUCUCCAUUUUAUCUGCUGUUGUAAUUCAAUACUUUCUAAUAAACUAACCUAUUCUUACUCAUUUUCCUGAUGUUAGGAAGUUGCAAAUCAAAUUUAGAAAACCUUCGAUAUAUCUAAACUCAUUUUUAAAAGCAAAGCUCAAUGUAGAAACUGAAAUAUGUAUAACAACAAAAGACUUCCUUUAUAUUCAGUGAUUUUUACUAUGACAGCAGAAAACAUUUUUAAGGAAAUAGAUAUAUUUUGAAUUUAAUAAUUCUAUCAGAAAAAAUACUAUAUUGUUAACUAAAACUAAAAUCUCUAGUGGAAACUACUUCCUGCCUUAAUUUUUGAAAUUGAUAUUUCCCCAAGUUUUUGGAACUGUGAUGUGACAAUAUUUUGGAAUUUUCUUUAGAAUAAAAUGGUAAAAAUCAUUUCUACAUGUCCACUUAAAAUUCAUAUGAAACAGCCGGGCGUGGUGGCGCAUGCCUGUAGUCCCAGCACUUGGGAGGCAGAGGCAGGUGGAUCUCUGUGAGUUCAAGGCCAUCCUGGUCUACAUAGUGAGUUCUAGGACAGCUGGGGUUACAGGGAGACCCUGUCUCAAAAAAACCAAAAAAAAAAUAUUCAUAUGAAAAAAUAAAAAGUUAUCUACCAAAUGUCUGUACUCUAAUUUGUUUGAAAUAAUGUAUUCAGCCAUUGGUUUAUACCCUGACAAAUACUUUGAUAGGGUGGAAAUAGUAAUUUAUAGCACUUUACUAUAAAAUGGAAUCAAAAAAAUGGAAAUAAGGAAGUGAAGAACCAUUUUAUACCAUUGUAACCUCUUUAAAAUAUAUCCUGUGCUGGUUACCCUCUAAUCAGUAUUAUUGAACAUGAAAUAUUAUAUAUAUACAUAUACAUAUAUAUUCAUGUUUACAUGGCACACCAAAGCUAUUUUCUCUCACAACGGGUGGAUUCACAUUCAUUUCUAGUUAUACAUGAAGCAUCUCACCUCUGUGCCCACAGUUCAUCUUGUGGGAGUUCUUCUCAAAAUCUUGCAAGAAGCUUU